AUGUAUCACAAGGUCACUAAAGCUCCUGCGUGCAUGCGAAAAGACGUGACUACCCUGACCGUUGCUGUUAAAAGUUUUGGUGGCUUGAUUUUCACUUGGAGUCUGGGCUUUUGUGCUCGUCGGCGCAGCGACUCGCCGGUUGAAUGUCUGCAUUUGGCGCGACAGACGACGCUCAAGAAACCACCACCCAACCGGUCCGCAGAUGUCAUGUCAAAAUGCCCAGCAUCAGUCCCUCUUGCUUACUGCGCCUACCUACCAUUCGGGCCUCCAGCUCUCCCAGUGGGCUCCGCCACCAUCUCGUACGGCUUUGGGAACUCGCAAGGGGGCACCUCGCUGGGAAUUUGCAGGUCACGCAGGCGGAAUCUCUCGCUGCACUUUAGGCGCUACGUAUGGCGACAGGGGUAUCAAUGA